UCUCUCUCUCUCUCUCUCUCUUCUGCUUAUGCUUACACGUUCACGUGGUGCAAUUGUGAAUUGUUAUUCUUCUCUGACAUUGAAAAGCACAUACGUGAACAGAAAAAGAUAAAAAAAAAUGUCAAACGAUAUUGUUGUAAAUGAGCAGGAGCCAAAUCAACAAAUUGUGGAUCAGGCUACGAGGACCAGGAAACCGUUGUAUGAUUAUGUUACGCCUCCCGUGGUAUGAGCAUGACAGUGUUUAUUCCACCGGAGGUUAACAUGAACCAAUUUGAAAUCAAGCCUGCUAUCAUCCACAUGGUUUCAAAUGAUCGAUUUGGCGGAGCGCCAACGGAGGAUCCAAAUAAUCACAUCACAAAGUUCCUUCGAGCUUGCAACCCCUAUAAAAAUCAAUGGUGUGCCAUCUGAUGCUGUCAGACUACGCCUAUUCCCAUUCUCUCUACGGGAUCGAGCUCAGAGUUGGCUUGACUCUUUUCCGGACAAUCACUUCUCCACUUGGGAUCAACUUCAUGGUGAAUUUCUCAAAAGAUUUUUUUCCGCCAUCUAAAACGGCGAAAAUCCGGAGAAUGAUUCAAAAUUUCAAACAAAAUCCCAAUGAGCCCCUCUAUGAGGCUUGGGAAAGAUUCAAAGAUCUCCAGCGACAGUGUCCACAUCAUAACAUCCAAAACUGGCACUUGAUGACUGCUUUCUAUGAAGGCCUACAUGAAAAUUCUCGGAUACUUGUGGAUGCGUCAGCAAAUGGAUCAUUCAUGUGCCUAGAACUUGAAGAGGCAGAAGAAUUGAUGGAACGCAUUUCAUCAAAUGGAUCAACAUGGUAUUCUGAGCGAUCAUCUGCUCCACCAAAAGUUGGAGGCAUGUACGAAGUUAAUCAAAUGUCGGCCAUAACCACAAAGGUCGAUAACAUUAUGACUCUGAUCCAAAAGAUGGCACAAGUCUCUCUUGUGCAAAAUUCUGCAUCAACUCCAACUCCCGUUCCCGUUCUUAUGUGUGAAUCUUGCGGUGGACAACACAAAUCAGUCCACUUGUCCAUGGGGAUCAAUGGAACAAGUUGACUAUGUCAACUACCAAUACGCAGCCCCAACAAAAUCAGUUUUGGUAAUUUCAAUCCUCAAGGAAGAAUUCAUCCCGGUUUUUCCUGGAGCAAAUCAAAAUGGAGCUGCUAAUCCACAACCAUCUUACCGCAGUGCACCACCCGGUUUCCAAAACCAACAACAGCAAUUCAGAGGUGGCCAAGGUAUUGUGAACCAGCAACAAUACAAACCUACUCAAAAUCUUCCAUACCCUUCAAAUCAACAACAAAAACCACUUCUUCCCACUCCUGAAACAACCCAAACUCCCGUCCUAGAAAACAUUGUUGACCAACUUCUCAAGUCCCAAUUAUCUCAAGCUGAAACUCUGAAACAAAUCACUGAAGAACUUGGUCAACUUCGAGCUCACAACAGGAUGCCUGAAAAUCAAAUUGCUAAUCAAGCAUCUACAUCAUCAACUAAGGUGACGGGUAAGCUACCUGCUUGUCCAGAAAACCUGAGGGAGCAAAUGAAUGCCGUCACUACUCGGAGUGGGAAGCAACAUCAAUCCUUGCCUCUUUCUAAUGAUGAACACGAACAUGAAGUGUUGGAGGAAGGGGUCGUGAAACAACAGAAAGGUGGAAACAACAACAAUGAACAUGAUGUCGGUACCAUGCCGAAAUCAACUGAUGACCGUGAAGGAUCAAAGAAACAAAGAGAAAGUUCGGUAAGGAAAUAUAUUCCCCCAGUUCCUUAUCCGAAUAGAUUGAAGAAAGCUAAUAUGGAGGAGGCGGAGAACUAAAUUUUUGAAUGUUAUCAAGCAAUUGGAUAUCUCAAUUCCUUUGCUUGAUGCCAUUACAGAGAUUCCUUCAUAUGCUAAAUUUCUCAAAGACAUUCUCACAAAGAAGAAAGAGAAUCCAGCCACUGUUGCAAUGAGUCAAGAAUGCAGUGCCAUCAUCCAAAAUAAGAUCACACCCAAGUUACGUGAUCCUGGAAGCUUCUCAAUUCCAUGUACCAUUGGUGGAUCCAAACUUAACAAAGCUCUUUGUGAUCUUGGUGCAAGUGUUAGCUUAAUUCCUUAUUCACUAUGUCAAAAGCUACACUUGGGGGAUCCCAAACCAACAACAAUGGCAUUACAAUUGGCUGAUCGAUCUGUCAAAUAUCCUAUCGGCAUUCUUGAAGAUGUUCCUAUCAAAAUUGACAAGUAUUAUAUCCCAGGAGACUUUGUUGUCUUGGAUAUGGAAGAAGAUGCCCGAGUUCCUGUUAUUCUCGGGAGACCUUUUCUAGCUACGGCAGGAGCAAUUAUAAACGUCAAAAAGGGUACCCUUAUCCUUGAGAUUGGGGAUGAUAAGAUCGAAUUCAAUGUAAAAGAGCUGAGUAAGGACACACCUUGUGUCCUUGAUGGUUACUAUGUUGAUGUUAUAGACUCUUGUACUACUAAUACAUUUGAUGAGUCGUAUCGGCUUUCUAAAGAUCCCAUGGAGUACACCAUACAAGAAUCUAUUGCAGAUGAAAUGGUGAAUUUAUGUCUCGAAAUGUUGCAAAGCAUAUUUUUACCAAUGCCUAAAGCAUUUAAAUUUGAAGUGCUUAAUCUUGAAGAUCAAUCCUUGAAUAUCAAAGGAAAAGCACCCAAAGUGAGAGACAAGAGGAAACUUCUGUGUAUUGCCUCACUGAUCCAGAAUAUGAAUGAAAGGCAUGGGUCAAGCUAAUGACCUUAAACGAGCGCUUCUUGGGAGGCAACCCAAGUUUGUAAAUUUCUCAAAAAAAAAAAACACAAAAAAAACAAAAAAAAACAAAAAAAAAAGAGAAAGACAAAAAAAGAUUAGUCUAGGUUUUCUUUAUUUCUUUGGACUCUAAAGGGGCCACAUCCGCUCAAAGGGAUCUCCAAACGUCAUGCGGAUAAACAAUUCCAGAUUCGGCCCGCACUACAGGGAAGUUUUCUUUACACUCCUUUAAUUUCUUUUCCACUGAGGACAGUGCAAAUUUUAAGUGUGGGGGAGUGGGUAGUUCGACCCUGAUUUCUUGUGUGAAUUUUUUUUCCUUGUGUGUUUGUGUGAUUUUGUUUUAUUUAUUUUGUGUGUUUUGUUUGUGAAUAAAGACCAGUCUUGUCUAAAAUGCAACUAUAAAAUAACAACACAUUAGUUACACUUUUUGUUACUAGUUACCUUCAUAACUUUAUUAAAUUAUUCAUUCACCUCUUUUGACGAAAUGUGGUUCGAGUUUGAUAAGUGUCACUGUAAUUUUUUGAGAGUAACUUAGUAUGAGCUUUGAACUUGAUUCUUUUUCACAAUUUAACAUUAAACACCUUAGAUUUUAUUUUUCCAAUUUAUUGGUUUAAUAGUUGAAUUAGUGAAAGUUUAUGCAGUUUAAGAUGUUUAUACAUUUAUUCUCCUUGAAAUUUAAUUUGAACUUGACACAUUAGAAAUGAUUUAGGCCAUCUUUGUUUACCUAUCAAGCCAAACACUAUCCCUUUGUAAAUAAAUAACACUUUCCCUAGUAACCCUAUUUGAGCCUUUUCAGUGUACAAGUGUAAAAUAACUUACUUCACUUGUUACUAAUUUUUCUUGUGACCUUGUAAAUACAUAACCUUGUGAAAUCCUACCCAAGUCAUUUUUGUUUGAACCCUAGAGUAGUUUGUAUUGUUACUUGAGAGUGGAUAAAAUGGAGCUUCUGUUAAGUGUCAUAUUAGUGAUGUACAUAUUUGUUUGUAAAUUUUGGGGUUAGUUUUUCAUUGUAAUAUUUAGUGUGUGCCUUCUUAAAAAAAAAAGUUCAAAAAAAAAAAAGAAAAAAAAAUGAAAAAAAAGUAAAAAAAGUAAAAAAAAAAAAGAAAAAACAAAAACAAAAACGAAGAGGCACAUUAAUUUCUUGUUGUGAUUUCUACUGUAAAACCCCAUUUUUACUUCUUUUUCAUGUUUAUAUUUCUCAUUGCUUUGUAUGCUCCAAGUGCUUGUAAAUUCGUGUGAUUAUCCGCUCAGUAUAAGUGCAAUCUAACUCUCUUUGUAAAUUCUCAUAACAAACCUUUCUUCCAACUAGCCACACUCAUUAACCUCGCCACAACCCGAAUAAAAGUCCUAAUUGAUCUAUUUGUGUCCGUUUUCGAAUCCCUUAUAAUCUAACAGCAAAAUGAUCUUGGGGCUGCUUUUCCCGCUCAGAACUGUCGCUGUCAGCAGCAAGGAUUAUAUUCUAAUUAAAUGAGUGCUUGGUUAGGGUUUAAAGGCAAAAUGAGGGACGGAUUGCAAUAUUUCAGAGUUCAGGUGUGGUUGGAGGUUUUUGGGUUACUGUUCGGAUUUCAUAUAGAUUUUUCGGCAUCUUAUAUCAGUUUUCAUUGGUCCAGUUUGGGGGUUAGCUGGCAUACGGAUUUCUCCCAGAUUUCCUACUCAUUUUACUUAAUUUUCAUUGGACGAGUACAAUUCUAAAUUUGAAUUUCAAAAAAUUGUGAACAGUUUUCCCCCCAUCCCAUUGAAGAGUAUUAUUGGUCUGGACUUAGUUCUCCAUCCAGCUAUAAAUAGAGUACAUCGAGUGUUUCAAUCUCUACACCUCAUAUCCAGCAAAUUACACAGAAGCAAAGAUAUUCAUUCCUAAACAUGGUAGGCAUGUGGUCCUUAUUUCGUGAGAUUGACCAGAGCAAGACCACAUGGGCGAUAAAGGCUAGGGCAAUAAGGGUGUAUCGUGAGCCAGCCCAUGAUUGCUUUCCGGAAUCGCUGGAGGUUGUUUUCCAUGACGAAGAGGGAUCCAGGAUGCAUGCGCACAUCCCUGACCAGUUCAUCAACAAAUUCAUUGGCAUAUUCAAAGAGGGGCGGGUUUUUGCAGUGAAAAAUUUUAUGGUUGAGGAGAACUACAUGUUCUUUAAGACCUCAACAAGUGCCUAUAGACUCUGUUUUUUUAACAAAAGUGCUGCCUUUGAGAUCAGGGGAGUCCCAUUCCCCAUAAGAACUUUCUCAUUGGUGUCUUUUGCUUCAUUGCAAGCUCAGGACAACUUAGAUGAAAAAUAUGGAAUUGACGUGAUAGGCCAGGUAGUUCACGAUAAAGACCCGAAAACAAUUUUAAAGAAUGACAGGCCCCGAAAGCUGAUGGAGAUGGUUUUAGGAGACCCUGAGGGAAAUGUUAUGGCAUGUACUCUUUGGGGACCGAUGGUUGAGAUGCUUUUGACUUACAAGCUCACUACAUCAGAGCCGAUUGUAAUGCUACUCCAGUGUUGCAAAGCUAGGAAAUACCAAGGCCAUGUUCAUGUUUCCAACAUGUUCAACACCACCAAGGUUAUUUUAAAUGGGAGUGAGGAAGAAUUUGUGGAAUUUAAGUCAAGGAUGGCUGAAAGAUCAAGUAAGGGACUUCGAUUUUCAAUAACAACAGACAACUCAGACAAUAGUGACAUAGCAACUGGCCAGCAAGAUUUGAUUACUAUUGAGGCUCUUACAAAACUUCAGGAGGAUGGGAAGUAUUGGGUUUACGGAGAAAUUGUGGCUAUUGACAGCCACAAAGAUUGGUCCUACAUUUCUUGCAUAGGUUGUAACAGGAAGGUUUCACCUAAUGGGGAUAGCUUUUGCUGUGUCUCUUGCAAUUCAAAUGAUGUCGUUCUUAGGUAUAAAGUCAAUGUCCGUGUUGUUGAUGGCACAACACAUGCCUCCUUCCUGCUUUGGGAUAGGGAGGUCUCAUGUUUGCUCGGGAAGUCUGCUGCAUCCCUUAAGGAACAAGUAUCUAGGAGGAACUAUGGACCACAUUACUUCCCAUCUGAGAUCAACUCCCUCAUUGAUAUAAAGGCUUUGUUUAAAGUGCAAUUUAAAAGAGAAAGCAGGAGCUUUAAAGGAAAUCAGACUUUCAGUGUCAUAAGGAUGAACACAGAUGCCAGAGUGUUGGCACUAUACUCAUCUAAGAUAAAUGCUGUUGAGGAGGAAGAUGAGGAAGAUGAGUUCACAAGAUUGGCUAAAGAGUUUUCAGGGCCUGAGAGCAUGGCUUUAUCAUCACAGCAAUCUGUUUCUAGCCCACUGUUGACCAAGGAGAAAAGGCAUGCUUUGGAUGUUGACACUGAUAAACUCAGGCGUGACCUCUUUGGAGAGUUUGAAGCUUCAACUUCUACCAAAAAGCCUAGGGGGGUGAAAAGGGAAUGAAGACUAUGCAUUAACUAUGUUAAUGCAUAUCAGUGUUCAUCUAUGUUUUUAUGUUAUGUAUGUUUAAUAAGCCCAACUUUGGGUACCUAUUUCAUGUCUAAUGCAGACAUUGUUUGAGGUAGGUGUGGCUGUGUCCAUCUAUGUUUUCAUCUUAUGUGUGUAUCAAUAACGCCAACUCUGGAUACCUAUUUCAUUACCGUUUAGGAACUUAGGGUUUGGUUUUGCCAAUAGUUUGGCUUUUUGAAAUGUAUUUGGGCUGGGGACUCGGCCAUAAAGGGAGUUCCCAUCAUGUGUACUAAUGAAGCAUUUCUAUAAAAAAAUAUUAUAUUAAGGUA